AUGAACACCGAGGAGCAGUAUUACGCCUCGGCGCAGCUCUACAAGGAGUCGUGUGCGUUUCAGAGAACCCAAGCGCAGGACUACAACCCCAGCCCCCCCGCCUGCCUGUACAUGGGCAGGCAGCAGCAGACUCCUUAUUCCAGCGCCUUAGGGGCUCUCGAGCAAGGCAGCCCUCCAGACAUUUCACCUUACGAGGUGCCCCCCAUCACUGAGGAUGUCGGGGUCUCCCACCUUCAUCACCAUCACCACCACCACCCUCAUCUUCCUCCUCCCCACCAGGACGCGCUGCCUUUCGCAGACGGGGCGGACACGGGGGCUAUAGAGGAACCCCGAGUGCAGGUGCCUUUCGCCUGGAUGAAGUCCACCAAAUCUCACGCCUGGAAGGGACAGUGGACCGGUGGAUCCUACAUGGUGGAACCGGAGGAGAACAAGCGGACGAGGACGGCGUACACGCGGGCGCAGCUGCUGGAACUGGAGAAGGAGUUUCUCUUCAACAAGUACAUCUCCAGGCCGCGGCGGGUGGAGCUGGCUGUCAUGUUGAACUUGACCGAGAGGCACAUCAAGAUCUGGUUCCAGAACCGGCGGAUGAAGUGGAAGAAAGAAGAAGACAAAAAGCGAGGGGCGGGCAACAGCAAUGACCCCGAGCAAGACUGCGUUGUGUCCUCUGGGGAGCUCCAGACCAAGGAGGAUCUCCAGCCAUGCCCCGCCGGGAACCUUCCCUCGGGAGCCUCCAGGGACCUCCUCGCCCCCAGCCUAGCCCCCAGAAGGCAGCAGGACUCUCGUAAAUGUAAGAUGCCCAGCUGUGACGAGGAGAGGCUCGCUGCGGGCGCUAGCGCCGGGGAGGCCGCAGGGAGCCGCCGGGAUGGCGGGGAGCUGGGCCCCGCUCCUGCGGGCCGCCCGCGCCUCAGCGAGCCCUACGGGAUAGCUUCCCCCGGGGAAGGUGGGUGUCAGGCGGCCACCCCGGGUGUGUGCCACCCCGGGUGCACGGAGAGGUCUGGAAAGCGGAGGAGAAGCGAGCGCACGCUGCCUUCCUUGCCGCCGACAGCUGCUCGGUCGGAGCGCGUCUGUCGGUCCACGGGCGCGGACACGGACCCGAACUUGUUUUUACACCCAGCAGAGGUUGGGGGCCGGCUGUCUCCCGGGGCACUGAAGAGCACAGGGGACUUUUCCUGGGCGCUAUUUUUCGGGCCGGCCCGGUGUGCGGGAGAGCUCGGCUCCUCCGUGCUGGAGCGGGGAGAGAGCCCUGCCGGGGCUUCCCUGCGGGAAGACGGGCAGCGGAGUCCGUGCCGGCCGCCCCGGGCCCGCCUGCCUUUCCCGGAACGGCUUCCCCGUCCCGACAACGGCGGGGACUGCAACUAA